UUGGGCAGUGUUGCCUGGACCCCAAGGGCCCUUUACAUUGCGUUCUUAACGGUUCAGUCACCUGAACCGUUAUUAUUCACAGGCGGGCGAGAAGUCCGAGCUAGGAUCCUGAAAAGGAGGGAACAAUUGUUGUAGCAGGUCUAAAAGUUCAGGUCCAGGAAAUGGAAACAUUGCUUUGCUUUUCCUGAAUUGUCCAGUGACCUAUCCCAGGCCUUCCUUUCCAGUGAACAAUGGACCAUGCAGGUGGACCCUCCUCUUCACGGGCCUCCAAAUGACUUUCUCAUUUUUCAAACCAUUCCUCUGCACUCACUUUCUAUAAUGCCCCGGUUUCUCUGGAUUCUGUGCUUCUCCGUGGAGGAAACUCAAGGAGAACUGACAAGUUCUUGUGGUUCUAAAACCAUGGCCAAUGUAUCUUUGGCAUUUAGGGAUGUGUCCAUAGACCUCUCCCAAGAGGAGUGGGAGUGCCUGGACACUGUGCAGAGGGACUUGUACAAGGAUGUGAUGUUGGAGAACUACAGCAACCUGGUCUCACUGGGAUAUACCAUUCCUAAGCCAGAUGUGAUUACUUUAUUGGAGCAAGAGAAAGAGCCCUGGAUAGUAAUGAGGGAAGGGACAAGGAAUUGGUUCACAGAUUUGGAAUACAAGUAUAUUACCAAGAAUUUGCUUUCAGAAGAGAAUGUUUGCAAAAUCUAUUUAUCUCAAUUGCAGACAGGGGAAAAAAGUAAAAACACCAUCCAUGAGGACACCAUUUUCAGAAAUGGUUUGCAGUGUAAACAUGAAUUUGAGAGACAAGAGAGACAUCAGAUGGGAUGCGUUAGUCAAAUGCUAAUCCAAAAACAAAUAUCUCAUCCUCUACAUCCAAAAAUUCAUGCUAGAGAGAAAUCAUAUGAAUGUAAGGAAUGUAGAAAGGCCUUUAGACAACAGUCAUACCUUAUUCAACAUCUGAGAAUUCACACUGGUGAGAGACCCUAUAAAUGUAUGGAAUGUGGAAAGGCCUUUUGUCGAGUGGGAGACCUUAGAGUACAUCACACAAUCCAUGCUGGGGAGAGACCCUAUGAAUGUAAAGAAUGUGGGAAGGCCUUUAGACUUCAUUAUCACCUUACUGAACAUCAGAGAAUACAUUCUGGUGUGAAACCCUACGAGUGUAAGGAAUGUGGGAAAGCCUUUAGUCGUGUUAGAGACCUUAGAGUACAUCAGACAGUUCAUGCUGGUGAGAGACCUUAUGAAUGUAAAGAAUGUGGGAAGGCCUUUAGACUUCAUUAUCAACUAACUGAACAUCAAAGAAUUCAUACUGGUGAGAGGCCUUAUGAAUGUAAGGUUUGUGGCAAGACCUUUAGGGUACAACGACAUAUUAGUCAACAUCAGAAAAUUCAUACUGGUGUCAAACCCUAUAAAUGUAAUGAAUGUGGGAAGGCCUUUAGUCAUGGCUCAUACCUUGUUCAACAUCAGAAAAUUCAUACUGGUGAAAAACCCUACGAAUGUAAAGAAUGUGGUAAGUCCUUUAGUUUUCAUGCAGAACUUGCUCGACAUCAUAGAAUUCAUACUGGUGAGAAACCCUAUGAAUGUAGAGAAUGUGGAAAAGCCUUUCGUCUUCAAACGGAACUUACUCGGCAUCAUAGAACUCAUACUGGUGAGAAACCCUAUGAAUGUAAGGAAUGUGGGAAGGCCUUUAUUUGUGGUUAUCAACUUACUUUACAUCUGAGAACUCACACUGGUGAGAUUCCCUAUGAAUGUAAGGAAUGUGGAAAAACCUUCAGUAGUCGCUAUCAUCUCACUCAACACUACAGAAUUCAUACUGGUGAGAAACCCUACAUAUGUAACGAAUGUGGAAAAGCCUUUCGUCUUCAAGCAGAACUUACCCGACAUCACAGAAUUCAUACAUGUGAGAAACCCUAUGAAUGUAAGGAAUGUGGGAAGGCUUUUAUUCAUAGCAAUCAAUUUAUUUCACACCAGCGAAUUCACACCAGUGAGAGCACCUACGUAUGUAAAGAAUGUGGGAAGAUUUUUAGUCGUCGCUAUAAUCUUACUCAACAUUUUAAAAUUCAUACUGGUGAAAAACCCUACAUAUGUAAUGAAUGUGGGAAAGCCUUUCGAUUUCAAACAGAACUUACUCAGCAUCACAGAAUUCAUACUGGUGAAAAACCUUAUAAAUGUACAGAAUGUGGGAAGGCCUUUAUUCGUAGCACUCAUCUCACGCAACAUCACAGAAUUCAUACUGGUGAGAAACCCUACGAAUGUAAGGAAUGUGGGAAGACGUUUAGUCGGCACUAUCAUCUUACUCAACAUCACAGAGGCCAUACUGGUGAGAAGCCCUACAUAUGUAAUGAAUGUGGGAAUGCUUUUAUUUGCAGUUAUCGACUUACAUUACAUCAAAGAAUUCACACUGGUGAGCUUCCAUAUGAAUGUAAGGAAUGUGGAAAGACCUUUAGUCGUCGGUAUCAUCUUACUCAACAUUUUAGACUUCAUACUGGUGAGAAACCUUAUAGCUGUAAAGAAUGUGGGAAUGCCUUUCGUCUUCAAGCAGAACUUACUCGACAUCACAUAGUUCACACGGGUGAGAAACCCUAUAAAUGUAAAGAAUGUGGGAAAGCCUUCAGUGUUAAUUCAGAACUUACUCGACAUCACAGAAUUCAUACUGGUGAAAAACCCUAUCAAUGUAAAGAAUGUGGAAAAGCCUUUAUUCGUAGUGAUCAACUUACUUUACAUCAGAGAAAUCAUAUUAGUGAGGAAGUCCUAUGCAUAAUGUAAAGAGAAUAUGAUGGCCUUUAGAAAAUGCCCUUUAGCAGAGAAUUUGUAAUUUAAGAAAUUUUCUGUUUGUUACGGAACAUGUGGGAAUCCCUUUUACUUCAUGCUCACAAUUUAUCAGAAAUUAUUUCGUAUGUUAAAGAGUCGAAAGACUAUAGCAUCACUCAGUCCCUGUUAGACUUUAGAAGAUUGAUACUGAUGCACUGCAUCCCAAACCAUCAAGGGCCUUUUCCCCUACAAACUGUUGUUGAACAGUGCUUCUCUAAAAUGCGAUAAUAAUGGGCCAGGUGAAGUGGCUCACACCUGUAAUCCCAGCACUGUGGAAAGACAGGAGUUCGAAACCAGCCUGGGCAACAUAGUGAGACCCUGCCUCAUGGCUUUAGUGAGCCAUGAUUGUGCCACUGCACUCCAGCUUGGCGACAGAGUGAGAUCCUGUCUCUAAAUAAAUAAAUAAAAUGCGGGCCAGGCACAGUGGCUCACACCUGUAAUCCCAGCACUAUGGGAGGCCCAGGUGAGCAGAUCACCUGAGGUCAGGAGUUCAAGACCAGCCUGGCCAACAUGGUGAAACCCCUUCUCUACUAAAAUACACAAAUUAGCUAGGUGUUGUGGCGGGUGCCUGUAAUCCCAGCUACUCAGGAGGCUGAGGCAGGAAAAUUGCAUGAACCUAGGUGGCAGAGGUUGCAGUGAGCUGAGGUUGCACCACUGCACUCUAGCUUGGGCAACAGAGCAAGACUCUGUCUCUUAAAUAAAUAAA